AUGCGGCGGAGUGGUUUGGCUGCGACGCGGGUCAAGACAGCAGGGCGGCUGGCGGCGCCGCGGCAGAUGCCGUCCUUCAAGCCGGUUCCGUUCAAGCAGGAGAAGUUUCUUUCGAUGAAGAGCCGCUCCGCGGAGACGUACUUCAAUACACGGAAGCAGAUUUUGAAGCGCUCUGCUGAAGUUCAGGCGCAGGUGCGAAAGCUGCAGCAAGACCAUAGUACGGAGCGGGACGAUGCAUGCCGUGACCGCAUACUCCUUGGCACUCCGCUCACGCCACACAUGGCGGACGAAAUAGACGCCUGGAACCGAAGCCUGAGGAACCUCGAGGCGCUACAGGGAUUUGUGCUGAACGAUGAGCUAAUCUACGGUGCCAUUUCAAAAAAUAUGCGACUAGGCGCGUUUCCUUAUGCGUUGGAUUGGUUAAGAAAAUGCGCGCGAGAGCGUCGAAUUCCUGUUUCCACUGUCGUGCUGCAUGAUCUGCGGGUAUUUGUCGACUUUGUGCAGUCAGUGCUACCGGCAAGCAAUGCGAGUUUGACGAAAGCCCACGAGGCUCUUCUUGGUGAUGCGCUCACGAUGGCCGGCGCAAGAGCACCAAACACCGCCGAGGAAACGAGUUCGGCUUCACUGCUGUCUUCCGAUGAAGCGAGUGCAGACGAGACGGCUGCCACGCAGCUUGUGAACUCGUCACCGUACGUGCGAUAUCUCUUUAAGGAACUGUACAUGCCACUGUGGGAGUGUCUAUCGGAGCUAGGUCUUCUCCCGCCUGAGAGAAGUGAAGAAGCGGAGACGGACUGGGAACAACUGCUGCGGUCGGCGCAACGUGACGACGUGGUCUUGGAUUUGCUUGGCCGUCUUUGCAGUUGCUCCUGCGGUGACGCUGGUGCGUUUUCCCUCACUCCCGCGUCCUCCGCGUCGGCCUCGCCUAAUGCCACGACCGAUGGCGGCGGUGAGUUCGCGCCAACGGCUCUCCAGGCCUACACGGAGCUCCUGCUUGCCCUUCUGCAGUGUGCGGCGGAGGCCAAGGAGUUACACCUUCUCAUUGAACUGCAGUUGAUUUUUUGUAUCUUGUUUCUUGAACCAACGCCUCGAGCCGAACCGGCGCCGGGUUGGAGACUCAAAAAGGGGAUUUGGUGCAACACUGAGGCGGAGAAAGAAUUGCUUAGCCGUUUUGCAAACGAGUUCCUCGCUGCUGCAUACUAUGGCCGGCUGGCACAUCAAGGCGAGAUCUCCCUGCAGUGUUGUAUUCGCGCUUUCUCGGGUGAUGUCCGCGAUGCUGGGGAGGAGGGUGGCGUUGGCGCCAACAGCAUUGAGGAUGGGGGACAGGAGACAAACAUAAAAUGGGAGGAGCACGGCGAGGCGCAGGAGGGGGAGGGGGAGACUGCGCCAUCGUCGUCAUGCAGAGAUGCAGUUGAGGUCGAGGGCUCCGUGGAUCAUUCCUCCUCCCCAACAUCGUCGUUAGUGGUGAGACGGCAAACGGCCGUCGAUGAGGUGUUGAAGCAGUUGCUACAGAAUGAGGCAUCUGCGCUCACAGAGGCGUCCAUAUAUGCUGCUUUGGCGCUGGAGGACGCCGGGCUCAUUCCCAACGGAAACGGCACGUCCACGUCGGCCUAUCGCUUCUCGGCCGUAGAAGUGGAGUGGAUGCGGCUACACUGCGAUGUGUGCCGGCGGUGCCGUAUUGGAGAAAAUGUCACGUCUGAGUUGGAGGGAUUUUUUCUUCCAGGUGGCGUAGUGGCGCGGAGCCUCGAGGCGAGCAUAAGCAACGUGACAGAUCAGCAGUGUUUCCUGGCAUUGGUAGUGGAGACAUUAGUGAGUGUGGUGGCGACGUCCACCACGCGUACGGCAGAGUGGUGGACGGUGAUAGCUCGAACGAUGGCGGAGCUGCUGCUUCGCAUCGAGGAGGCUCGGCACCAACAGCAGGAGAAUGGAGAAAAACCGUUGUUACUCUUGCCAUUGUACAGUGCGGUGAGCGCCAUGGUCGUCUUGUCACCUUUAUUGGGGAAAAAGGGAAACCCUGCAAGCGCCGAAAGUGAUGGGAGUGGGUUGAAUGAUACGGCUGUACUCCGCGAUGAUGUGAUGCGGCUCAUGUCAGACUUCAUGCGGAGUGUGCUGAACCAGCCAACAAGUUUUGGGAAUGCGUACAGUGUGGUGCUGGUGCUUCUCAUACAGAUGGAGAUGUGGGAGGAAGCGCACCGCGUACUGUGCAAACUCGACGAAGCCAACGGGGAAGGGGGCGCAGCGCAUGGGAUCAGCAGUGUUGUUCUGGACCAGCGUGUGUGGGCUUGGAUCUUUCGGACUGCCCGCGAUGCGGGCCGAGCAGAUAUUUGUCUAUUUCUGCGUCAAAGGCGUGAGAAGCUCUUUUACUAG